AGUGGUUUCGCCGCCUAAGUUUUGACCACGACAGUCAGGAAGAGGAUGAGGAGAUUCUGGAGGAUUAAGAGCAGCAUAGCUUCAGAGGAAAUCAACUCCUGCCAGUACAAGAUUGGCAAGAUCCUCGGUAAAGGGGGUUUUGGAAAGGUCCAUGAAGGCACCCGUUUGAGCGAUGGCUUGAAGGUGGCAGUGAAAUUUGUCACCAAGAGUGAUGAGGAUGAAUAUAUCAGCAUUCCGGGUCAUCCCGAACUUCUGAUGCAAGAGGUGGCUCUUCAAAUCCUCAUCAGCAAGGGAGACAAAGUUCCAGAGAUCAUUCAGCUUCUGGACUGGCAGGAACAUGCGGAUCGUUACGUGAUGGUCCUUGAGAGGUUUGCUCCCUGCAAGGAUUUGUCAAUGUUUCUCAAAGAAGAUGAACUCGAUGAGUACUUAGCCAACAUAGACAUGUUCCAGGCAACCAGAGCUGCCUUAAUCUGCUGCAAACGAGGGGUUUUACACAGAGACAUCAAGCUGCAGAACCUCCUCAUCAGCACAGACUACACCUUUGAAGUCAAACUGAUCGAUUUUGGGUGUGGCGAUCUACUGAAAGAAUCGGCAUACGAUUCAUAUAUGGGCACAGAGGACUAUACCUGCCCUGAAUUUUAUGAAACGGGAGAAUAUCAUGGGAAGCCGGCGACAGUGUACUCUCUCGGAGUGCUGUUGUUAGUCAUGAUCUGUAGGAGGAUCCCCAGCUCUAAGGACUUCGACAGAAUCAACCAAAAGAUCUGGUGUAAAGACGGCUUUUCUGAAGAGUGCUGCAGUUUGGUCCAGGCGUGUCUUCAGGAGUAUCCGAAGGAACCCAUACAACUGCGACAGAUAAUCAAACACAAGUGGUUUCAGCUCCGGGAAACAAUUGCAGCCCAUAUUGCGUUUGCUGAGGGGUUCGGCGUGGUCCAGCAGUCAGGACCCUGGUUUCACACAAGCGGACUGGGUUGA